AUGAAGCUUCGACAACUGAAACUGGACAAUCAGUGAUUGUCCACAAACUGAAAAACCAGAGGAUCCAGAGCUGCUCAGCCCAAGAAAGUGAAAGUUGCAGACCAAGAAGGAUCCAGGAGACAGCUACAGUCCAAGGCUGAAAGACUGGAAAGCUCCCUGCAGAGUUGCUUGCAUGGUCUGCAUUGAAAGGCUGAAGAAUCUGGAGUAUGAUGCCCACAGACAAUGGCAGCUGCAAAAGAUGCACCUGCUAAGCCAGACAUGGUGGCACCUGCCUGUAAUCCCAGCACUAGUGAGGCUGCGGCAGAAAGAUCACCAGGAGCUCAAGGCCAGCCUGAGCUGCAUAGGUGUGAACCUGUUGAACAGUGCCACCCACAGUCAGGGCAGCUCUUUUCCCUGCUUUUGAGGCCUACAUGCAAUUAUCUCUGGAAACACUCUGCAGAAGCACUGCUAUUCUGAGAGCACUACUGGAGAAGAAGCAGAGGAAGAAGCGUCUGGAGCCACUCAUGGUCCAGCCGAACCCAGAAGCCAGGCUGCGUCGGCUGAAGCCCAGCGGCAGUGAGGAGCACACGCCUUUGGUAGAACCUCACACGCUCCACAGCGACAUCAUCCUGCACGGCAUUGAUGGUCCAGCUGCUUGCCUAAAACCAGAUGCUCGUGAUGUGGAAACCAAACUUCACGUUCUGUCAGUAGGCUCUUCUGCUGCAGAGGAAAAUAUUGAAGGCAGUGUUGAUGGAGAAAACAAUGUAAAUUCUACUUCCAAGCAAGACCUUCAGGAAAUUCUCCAAAAACAUGGUAUCUCAGGCAGUUUGAACUUUGAUGAGGAGGAAACUGAUGAUGAGGAAGAAGGAAAAAACCUAAGUUCCCAGUCACAUUAUUCAGAAACAGAGAGGCCCAAUUCUGCGUCCAGCCAGAAAUCAACCACAACCACAGGAGCUUCCGGCACUACAGCCCCGCAGGCUGACACCCAGCUGGGAGAAGUGGAGAACCUAGAGGACUUUGUGUUCAGCCCUGCCCCCCGAGGUAUCACAGUGAAGUGCCGGAUAACCAGGGAUAAGAAGGGAAUGGAUCGUGGUUUCUUCCCCACGUACUUUAUGCACUUGGAAAAAGAUGACAAUCGGAAGAUAUUUCUUCUUGCAGGCAGAAAGCGGAAAAAAAGCAAAACAUCCAACUACCUGAUCUCCACUGACCCAACAGAUUUAUCUCGAGAAGGGGAAAGUUACAUUGGCAAGCUCAGGUCCAACCUCAUGGGGACCAAGUUCACGGUGUAUGACCAUGGCGUCAGCCCGAUGAAGGCCCAGGGUCUGGUGGAGAAGACCUACACCCGGCAGGAGCUGGCUGCCAUCUGUUACGAAACAAAUGUGCUUGGAUUUAAAGGGCCUAGGAGAAUGUCUGUGAUUAUUCCUGGGAUGAAUAUGAAUCAUGAGCGGAUCUCCUUUCAGCCACGAAAUGACAACGAGAGCCUGCUCUCCAAGUGGCAGAGCAGAGCCAUGGAGAACCUGAUCGAGCUGCACAAUAAGGCCCCAGUGUGGAACGAUGACACACAGUCCUAUGUGCUGAACUUCCACGGCCGGGUCACGCAGGCGUCCGUGAAGAACUUCCAGAUAGUGCACGCUAACGACCCUGACUACAUCGUCAUGCAGUUUGGGCGUGUGGCAGACGACGUGUUCACACUGGACUACAACUACCCGCUGUGUGCGCUCCAGGCCUUCGCCAUCGGGCUCUCCAGCUUCGACAGCAAGCUGGCGUGCGAAUGAGAGGCGUGGCGGCCAAGCCUGCUCCUCACACAGCUCUCGGAGCAGAAGUCUGCCCCUUCCGUGGCCCCUGAGCACAUGCCCGCGUGUAUGUGGGUGUGCAGAUGUGUGCACAGGUGUGUCUGUCCACACAUGCGCCUGCUCCAGGUUGGAGAGAGUAGCUUGGGGCACAGCCUGCUGGGUGAGCUGUUUCAGCCAGAGAACCACUUGUCAGAGCACCGUGACUCCUGAGUCACUGCCCUGCCAUCUGUUUCUCAUGAAUAAAUUUUCUAUACUCAGAAAUUCACAGCCUGAAGAAUCAGAUCAGGCUUUCACAAUCUUGGGGGUUUUUUUGUUUUGUUUUUUGAAACUAUGGUCUCACUAGCCGAGACCAGCCUUGAAUUUGUGAUCUUCCUGCCUCAGUCUCCUGAGUGCAGGGCUUAUAGAUGUGUGCCCAGGUCCCUGGCUUCUGGAUCUUUUCCAAAGAUGGACAGUUCCCUAAAUUGUCUUUAGCCUUCAGGGCUGAAAAGCAUGCACAGUCUUUCUAUAAGAGUCUUGCUAGUCUCACAACUACUCAGAUCUGCCGCUGUAGUACAAAAGUAGCCGCAGAUAACCCUGCACGAAGACCUGAGGCUGUGUGCCGAUAAACUUUACUAACACAGAGGAGGUGCAGGGCCACGUGUGACCUGUGCCUGCUUCGGGUCUGUCCUCAGACCCUGGCUCUUCCAGAGUGGCGUAUGGUCACCAGCUGUGAGUAGAAAGUGGCACAGGUGGGGCCACGGCCCCGCAGAUUUUCUUCACCAACAUCUACAUCUCUCUGUUGUUGGUGACAGUGACUCUAUAGUGCAGUCUCCCAUCAGGACAGGGAGUCACUGCGCAUCCAACCAGGUGACCUCCCUGUACUGUCCCACGAGCUUCCUCACAGAAGGCAAUGGCUGAAGUUUAUUGCCUGAAAAGAGCUCGGGCACAGUCGCAGGCACACAGGGAUUGUGCUUCCCACAGGGCCCUCUCCUCCUCCCCCACCAGGUUAGUGGAUGUCACCUCAGUCGAGGUAACUGGCCAGGUUUGUGAUCAGCUUUGGAAGAAUAUGCUCUAAUGGUCUUCAUCUCAGCUUAGGGCACUAUCUAGGGAGGACAGGGAAUCUUUUGGUAGCUGUCUUCUUUCUCAGCCCAGAUGUGCUUCCCACACUCAUCUGCAGACUAUGUGGCAGGCAAGGCAAUGCCACGUACUGGCACUUGGUUAGUGUCCUAUCAAGAGAAGUGGCAGGAGAGGUUGGGUGACCAGCUAGCAGACCUGAACUCUGCAGACCUCACUGGGCAGAUCUUGGACCUUCCACAGUGUCCGUGUUCUCAGGCCCCUGAGCUUGGGCCAUUAGCAUGAACGAUGCUCCCAGGGCUGCCCUUUACAGAUCUAAGACUCUUGCUAAGAGUUUCGAGUUACACACAUCUCCCAGCAAACUGAGACUCUCCUGCCACUUCACUGGCCCAAAGUGUAUCUGAACCCAAGAAUCAACAAGUACUUCUGCACUUAGCACUGCUCAACUCCCAAGGCCUUGUGCUCUGAGCUCUCUGCUAGCCUGGGGCAAGGAGUCAGUGCCCCGUGAUAAUUCCUUUCUUUGGACUUUCCUUGUCUCUGCUUCCAUUGUUCCUUGUCCCACAUCCAGUAGCCAUGUGAAAGCUAGAGAUCCAGGAUGAGAAGGCUGUGCCAGGUUAGGCCAGCUCAUUCUGACAAGACUGCUUUCCAUCUCAGGCAAAAUCCCAUCAAGUGCCUCAUUUCUAAAAGUGCCCUGAAGCCGGUUCCACCUCUGCCACCCAUUAUCCCAGUGAGCUAGCAAGCCACCCCUGUUGAAACAGGCUGCCUCCUCUCCAGCUUCAGGAUAUCACAGGGACUGGGGACCUCUAGGGACAACUCAAUCUGCUCAGUCCUCUGGCUCGGAAAGCCACAGCCCCACUCCAAGUAUUCUGCUUGAGUGCAGGUGAUUGAUUUUACAGAAAUCAUGUUUAUACCUUUUGUAUGCUACAGAAAUAAAAUAUUUAUAUUAGAAUACA